AUGUUAUCAAGAAGGAGCAUUUUCCACAAUAUAAACGGAGGCGUCAUUAGGCGUCUCCUCCACAUCAAGACAGCAACCACACCAAAUGAAAACGCUUUGAAGUUCAUCUCGCCAGAUAAGCCCAUAUUACCUAUAGAGAACACGACAUUCGAAUUCACUUCAACAUUACAGGCCAUACAUUCACCAUUAGCAUUACAGCUUUUCAAACUUCCUGGGAUCAAGUCGAUCCUAUUAGGACCCGACUUUUUAACUGUCAACAAGUUUGAUAAUUACGAUUGGCAUGAUUUGUCAAACGAAGUUACGGACACUAUGAAGCAAUUUUUAGAACACAGGGAGGGCAAACCGGUUAUAACUAAUGAACUUGUUGAAAAGAUUCAGGAAGAUAAACAAGCGUUGGAAGAUGAAGAUGAAUCUGAAAUUGUACUGAUGAUCAAAGAACUCAUCGAAACAAGGAUACGUCCGGCUAUUCAAGACGAUGGGGGAGAUAUUGAGUUCAAGGGAUUUGAUGAAGAGACCGGUACGGUGUUUUUGAAGCUCCAGGGGGCUUGUAAAUCAUGCAGUGCAAGUGAAGACACGUUAAAGAGUGGGAUUGAAGGCAUGUUGAAGCAUUACAUAGAAGAAGUUCAAGAGGUGCAGCAGAUUUUGGAUCCUGAGGAAGAGAUUGCAAUGAAGGAAUUUGAGAGGUUGGAGUCGCAAUUAAAGGGGGCCAAGAGUAAUGUUGUAGACGAGGGCCCGCCAUCUUUAUAG